AUGAAAGAUGAAUGUAUUUUAUCACGAACAGAAGCGGCUUGCAUGGCUGGUGUAGGUCGUGGCCCAAAUGGUAUUGAUGAAUUACGAGCGCUAUCGUCCAACGGUACUAACAAUGUCGAUCGAUGGUAUACCGUGGAACAGUUCGAAAGAGAUCAUGUCAUUGAAAUACUCGAAAAGCUUGAACAAGGCGAUCUAGAAGACGAAAUAUGGGGCAAAAUUAUUUUAAUGGAAAAAUGCAGAUGUCUUGCAAAGGCAUAUUUGAGAAAGACAACAGUGAUAAUCGAUGGUAGUAUCGAUGAGUAUGAUGGUACCACACUUGGUUUUAAUCAUUUCGAAAGCUUUGAUCAUGAUAAAGACAGCAGUGACAUUCGGCAUAAAAUUGGCGAUGGUGUGAUCAUAAAGAUGGAUGGAAACGGCAAUAUUAAAGCCAUGGCACGGGGCUUGGCCCCAGUGAUUGUGCAAGGAUGGAAUGACUUGACAUCGAACUGUAUUCCUGAACAAUUGAUCGCUCAGAAGGGUCGUCUGAAGACCAUAAAAGAUCGCUUUAAGGGUAUUACUGAUCAACAACGAGUUGAAAAAAUAUUUGAUAUGCGCUUGUUUAAUUCGGCAGUUGAACGUGAGUUGAAACAACCGGAACCGAAUAUACCGGAACUUUUGCUAAGGACUUGCAUUCGAAUAGCACUGGUAAAAGAUUCGGGAAUGAAUGCAUUAAAAACUCCUUGUUGGUUUAUGAUUGUUAAUUUAGUGGCAUUGGAUGUACUACGCAGCAAAUUACCCAUUCUACAUUCAAUACCUGGCAUACAGUAUCAUUCGUUCCGCAAUAAUAGUGCCGUAACUUCGGUACCAUCAAAAAUUCAAUCCACUGCAAAGUCGACUGAAAUAUUCCGUUCAUGCACAAAACAGUACGACUAA